AUUUAAUUACUUAUUAAUUAACUUACUGGACUCAACCGCACCACCGCAGCACACCACACCACUCCAUUUCAUACGUUUGCCGCGUAAGUUGCUGCGUCUCGUCUCGCUUCCGCCCCUAGGCUGGGACUGGUCCAACGACCCACUCAAUUCAAUACAAUUUACAGAACAAACUGAUGAAAAUCUGAGCGAGAACCGAUUCCAUCUUUUUUUGUGGAGAAUUUAGAAGGAAAAAAAUGGUAAUCUGGGGAGAAUUACUAAAGUGGUUUAUUCUUCUCUCCACGAUUUCAUACGCCUCCGCCAUCUGCGAAUUCAGUGUUACCGACCGUAACAAGCUUUACAACUUCAGCUUAGCUUCUCCUCUCCCCAAAUAUCCUCAUGGCAUUCUCAGCGAGGAUGGGUUUUAUAAGGUGGCAGUAAACGGGACUGUGAUAUGGUUUCAGCUUUGUGAUGGAAUGGUUUUUAACCACGAUCUGCCUAGAUGUCUUGACUGCAGGGAUUGUGGGGGCCCAUCACAUUGUGGUAUGGAGUGUAGUGCACUUGUAGCUCACAACAUAGGAGGUUAUCCUCUGUGCACUACCAUCGGGCAUGCAUUAAGCACAAACAUUAACAUUAUUGAUGAGAAGAAUCCUCACAAGGGUGUCAUUGUUAAGAUGUCAAGCAUAAAGAACAACUGUUCGCUUACAGUGUCUGUGAUUUGUGAUGUAAAUGGUGUUCAGGGACCACAGUUGCUUAAUAAAACUGGGAUAUGUGAUUAUGCUACAGUGCUGAGACAUCCUUCUGGCUGUGCUGAGAUUGUGGAUAUUCAUGGGAAAGGAUGGGGCUGGUUUAGCUUUUUCUUAUUGAUUUCUGCUUGUCUUUUAGGAGCGUAUCUGCUGGUUGGUGCAGUAUAUCGCUACUUUCAAGGCAUUCGUGGCAUAGAUAUAAUUCCAAACUUAGAGUUUUGGAGCAGUCUACCACAAAGAACACAGAGUCUUUUUGCAUCUCUGGUGCGAAAAUUCAAGGGACCUUCUCAAGGUCACCGUAGCUCAUAUUCUGCUGUCAAUUUCUGAGCAUGUUUAAGAUGGUGAAUUCAUUUUGGUAAUUUCUUCUCUGACAUGAACAUUUCGGCAAUGAAGUACAAGUUGAGCAUUUUUUUUUCCUUCCGAAGCAGCUCACUCUUUCGAAUUCCCAUUGUUUGUUUCAUUGAAACCGGUGUCUAGAAUAUGUAGCAGAACUAGGACUUGGAUCAUGGGCCACAAUUAUAUUUAGGACGCUCAGUAGCUGCAGUCCCUGGAUUCUUUAUUGUAACUAUUGCUAGCAUUGUUCUUAUUUUGAAUAUACUGAAAUCCCUUUAGUCUUGUUUACACAAUUUUGUGGUAUAAUACAUGGUAUACUAUACACCGUUUGUGAAGUUGUUUUAAUAAAAAAACACAAGUAUUUUCUGAA